AUCACAACUCAUUCUCAACCGUACCAAUGACAUCCGAGCCACCUUCUGCCGCCGCGGCUACCGCCAUCCUUCCGGUGACCAACCCAUCAACAACCACCAAAGCAAAAACAAGCAAGAAACUCACCCUCCUCCCACUCAUAUUCCUCAUAUACUUCGAAGUCGCGGGUGGUCCAUACGGAGAAGAGCCCGCGGUCAAGGCAGCCGGGCCACUUUUCGCCAUUCUCGGGUUCCUAAUAUUUCCUUUUAUAUGGAGUGUACCCGAGGCUCUCGUCACCGCGGAACUCUCCACUACCUUCCCGGGCAACGGCGGGUACAUCAUAUGGGCCGAUAAGGCGUUCGGCCCGUUCUUCGGGUCGUUAAUGGGCACAUGGAAAUUUCUCACGGGGGUUAUCAAUCUGGCUGCAUUCCCAAUUCUAUGCAUAGAUUAUAUAGAGAAACUUUUCCCGAUUUUUAAAUCGGGAUUACCUAGAACGUCGGCGAUAUUAGUCGCCAACGUUGUACUAUCUUUUAUCAACUUUACAGGGUUGAAUAUAGUAGGCUACGCCGCAAUUACUCUGGGCGUAGUCUCUCUCCUCCCUUUUGGUGUCAUGUCAGCUAUUGCUGUCCCUAAAAUUCAGCCACACAGAUGGCUGAGUUUAGGCCAAAAGGGUGUUAAAAAAGACUGGAAUUUAUUCUACAACACCCUUUUCUGGAACCUAAACUUUUGGGACUCCGUGAGCACAAUGGCUGGUGAAGUCGAAAAGCCAAAAAGGACUUUCCCAUUAGCGCUUUUUUACGCGGUGAUCUUAACGUCCGUAUCCUACAUUAUCCCUCUCGUCGCAGUCACCGGCGCGGUUCCACUCAACCAAACCGAAUGGGAGUCCGGGUUCAUGGCAGUCGCAGCCGAAAUAAUCGCGGGCAAGUGGCUAAAAAUUUGGAUCGAAAUCGGAGCUGUCUUAUCCGCCAUCGGCUUAUUCGAAGCACUAUUAAGUAGUUGCGCGUAUCAAACACUUGGUAUGGCGGAUUUCGGGUUUUUACCAAAGUUUUUCGAGCUUCGGUCGAAGUGGUUCGACACGCCUUGGGUUGGAAUAUUAGUGUCUACUUUGAUUGCCAUAAGUUUUUCGUUCAUGCAUUUUACGGACGUUAUAUCAUCCGCUAAUUUUUUAUACAGUUUAGGAAUGUUGUUGGAGUUUGCGUCUUUUUUGUGGCUUAGGAGGAAGUUUCCAACGUUAAAACGGCCGUUUAAAGUGCCUGGUAACGUGGUGCUUUUAGGGAUUAUGUGUUUGAUACCUUCGGCUUUUUUGGUGUUGAUUAUGGUUAUCGCUACGCCGAUUGUGUAUCUGGUUAGUGGUGUGUUGACGGUUGUUGGCGUUUUAUGGUAUUUUUUGAUGAAGUUUUGUAGAUCAAAGAAGUUGUUUAGUUUCAAGAAUCGUGAUGAAGUUGAAGUUUGUGAAGAGAAUUAG